GUCCUUUGCCCCGGAUGUCCAGCUCGCCCUUGUCGAGAGGCGGGGAGGAGCCGGAACCUGCUGCUGGGCGGGCUGGCUGCAAACACAGUUGAACAGAUACCACUGAUACUCUCUGAUUCCAGACAAGAUGAACACAAUGUCAUUGCUGCUAAGAUUCCCUCACUACCGUUUUCUUAGAAAGAUUUCUUUCAAAAGCUUCCACUCAAAUUUCACUCCGGGAUCAUUAUUUCCAUAUAUUCAGUCUUUCAAUUCAGUAUGCUUGAAUUGUACAAAGUGGAUGUUGCCAGCAAGUGAUUUGAAAAGAGGGAUGUGCUAUCAAGCAACCGUAGACCAACAAACACAGGGACUUUGUGACAAGGAACAGAGACUUGUAGACAAACUUUAUAGUGGAUUAAUCCAAGGGCACAGAGCCUGCUUGGCAGAGGCCAUUACUCUUGUAGAAUCAACUCAGAGCAGGAAAAAGGAGAUAGCCCAGGUGCUCAUUCAGAAGGUAUUAUCCUACCACAGAGAACAAGAAAAGUUAAAUAAAGGAAAACCACUAGCCUUUAGAGUGGGAUUGUCUGGUCCCCCUGGUGCCGGGAAAUCAACAUUUAUAGAAUGCUUUGGGAAAAUGCUUACAGAGAGGGGACACAAAGUGUCUGUGCUGGCUGUGGAUCCGUCCUCUAGCACAACUGGUGGCUCACUCUUGGGUGAUAAAACACGGAUGACUGAGUUGUCAAGGGACAUGAAUGCUUACAUCAGGCCAUCUCCAACCAGGGGAACGUUAGGAGGUGUGACCAGGACCACAAAUGAAGCUAUUCUGCUAUGUGAGGGAGGAGGCUAUGACAUCAUUCUUGUGGAAACAGUAGGUGUGGGGCAAUCAGAGUUUGCAGUUGCUGAUAUGGUUGAUAUGUUUGUUUUGCUGCUACCUCCAGCAGGAGGAGAUGAGUUACAGGGUAUUAAACGGGGUAUAAUUGAGAUGGCAGACCUAGUUGCUAUAACUAAAGCUGAUGGAGAUUUAGUUGUGCCUGCACGGCGGAUACAAGCAGAAUAUGUUAGUGCUAUGAAACUACUUCGCAAGCGCUCUAAGGUUUGGAGACCAAAGGUAAUGCGCAUGUCUGCUAAAACUGGAGAAGGCAUUUCAGAUAUGUGGGAUAAGAUGACAGAAUUUCAUGAUCUCAUGCUUACAAGUGGAUUAAAGUUAGUUCUCUGACAGUUGUUGCCUUAUUUUCCUGUACACUUCAUUACGGUUAAAAAAAAAAAGGAUAAAAUUGGAUGGAAGAACCCCAUCCUGCAAAUGUGCAUGUGAGUAAUCUGUUCACAGGACUAGCCCUACUAAAGUACAUUUUCAGGGAUGUAUUAUAGUACUGAAUAGCAGGACAACCAUGGUUUGGCAGGUGAGGGGCAAAAAGCAGUUUCUGUAUGUAACUGAUUUUAGUUAUACUGGUGCAAACCACUAAUGUAGUUUGACUGCACCCGUGUAAAAUGAUGCUUAAACCACUGCUGGUAACACAUGAAAUAAGUUACCACUGCCUAAGAGUAACCAUCUACACUGGAGCUAGAGCCUUAAUUUCCAGCUUGAGUAGACAUCUUCACAGUAGCUCUGCUCAAGCUAAGGUGCUAGACAUAUCCAGGGCACAACAGCUAGCUGCCCUCUGUAUGAUCCUGUCAGAAACCCUAGGUAUGUAUUUAGGUGGCUAACCCCUACUGCUGCUCAUGCCAUUGCUACUAUUCGUAGCGUGUAGGCUCUAUCAGAGUUAGCAUGGGUCUGCUGGAGCUGGAAAUUGUACCUUCUAGCUCCAGUCUAGAUGUACCCAUGCUAAGUCUGAGAGGAGGAGGAGGAGGGCAGAAACACAAGUGCUUUACUAUGACAUCAUCAUUGGUCACAGUAUAAUGCUCAGUUGCACCCAUGUGAGAGGAAGCCGCAUCAGCUAGAGCAUGCCCCAGAUCAAAAGCCAGGGCUUUAAACCCCCUGAAAUGCAGUGAAGUUUGCAGCUGAACUUCAUUCUUUGGGUUCAUCUCUAACAUACACUGUUCAUUUACUAAAUAUGCUGUUUUGAUCACACUUUUGUGAUUAUGUACAUACUUACAACAUUAAAAUCUAAAUUUCAGGCUGGCUGAAGGCACCUACCUUGUGGAUGGACUAAUAUGCUAUGUAACUUUCAGUUGGAAACCGGCUUGAUCUAGAAAGUGAUGAGAACAGCAUUUAGAGUGGUUUUCUCAAUAUUUUUCUAGACCAUCUAUGUGAUGAAAAAUAGUGGAGUUCAUCCAUGCUAAUCUAUUAAAACAAAACUUUACCCUUUUGACUUCUUGUUUGAGUGCUCCAGGGGUUCCAUUUUCCAUCUCCUGGGAAAAUCUGAAACUAUUCUACUUAAAAAGUCAAACCUGCUAAAAGGAAUCUGCAGCUGAAGUGCCCUCAGCAAAUUCAAUCCCCUUCUCCUAGCAUGGAUAAUUCUUUUCGUAUCUAAUCUUUGUUUUCAAUGAUAGGGCCAAGUGACCCAUGCUUGGUUGGCUGCUCCACUGUCAAAAUUGUUGCAUUUGUAAAUUUAUUACCUCCCGUUUUACAUGCUCCUCAGCCUUUAAUAAGUCUUCUCUUCAUGUAUGUUUCUUAUUUGUGUAGCACUGACUCGCUUCCUUUUUGCUGAGGCUACUGCAUGUAAAUAAAAUUUUUUUUUUAACCUUGGAGAACUCCCUUCCUAAUGUUUGCUUUUAAACAGUAGCCAACUCUUGCUAUGGUAUCAGCUCCCUCCACGCUGCAGUAAACAUGAUCACUUCCUCAGUUUUCUCCAUAAUACCACAUUUUUUAUUCUAUUUUUCAUGGAUGUUCAGAGAAAAUCUGUAUCAUCCCUUUUCUGUUUUUUUCCAGGUUUUGGAAUAAGAAAUAGCUCUUCACAUAGUUUAAGACUCUGAUAGCAAUACUUUUCCUUGGAUACAUAUUUUCCCUAGCAGAUAAUAGAUUUCAUACAAAACAUUGGCAAAGCAAUCACUUAAAUCAGGAAAUUACAAAAUUGAGUGUGAAUGUAUAACUUUAACUCCAGCCUCUUUAGCAAAUACAUUAUAAUUCAGUAUUAUGAUGUCUCAUACCAUUUCUCAAAUAACACCUAUCAGUCCAUUUUGAAGCUCUGAAUACACAUGAAGCAUGUUGCAGCCUUUCUGAUCUUUUUGUGCAAUGGGGCUAUGAUCUCAGUUGGGGCAUCUGCGUACUACUGUAAUAUAAAUAACAAUGAAUAAUAAACUAUUUUUUGUAAAAAAUACAAUUGAACAUGAUGUGCCACUAUUUGCUAGGCAGCAGAACAAGGCUUUUACACACACAAGCACUCAGUGAGGGAGAAGCCCUGCCUUUUUCCUAUGCACCUUCACAUAGAGGAAAGUGGACAGCAUUCCUCAUGAACUCUCCUAACAUAGAAUGUAUGUGCAAUGUUGAUAGAGCGGGGGCAGACUGCUACAUGAGCAUGUUUAUUUAAUAAAAUCAGAGUGCAGGCACAAAGUAUGUUUUUAAACCUUUAUAGCUUUGACAGUUCACAGCCAAUUUUCACCAAACUACCAACAGAUAGACAACUCUGUCCCUGCCCAAUGUUCAGAUUC